UUGAACUUACAAAGGAGCUCUGCUUCCCACAUUGGUUUGGAGUUGGAGGAUUUUCCGAAAGACAGGGAACGAGAUAAAAUAUCUUUGCCUGAAGGUCUGUCAGUUGCCAGACUCCCUGACUUGGACAAAGUCCUGUUUUAUCUCUUCGGCUGACGUCCUGUUUAAUUCAUCCAGCUUGAUAUCCUAUCUUUCAAAUGAGCAUCCAGGAGUAGAGCCUAUAGCCUGAAGUUGCCACAGUAAUGGCUGAAGCAUCCCCUUCAGCUAUCUCCCCGACAUACUCUGAUGUAUUUUACCCGACCCUUGACCUGUGCACAUCAUGUGGCCACUGUCACAAGCUGGAGGAGAACCACGAGUACAUCUACAAGGACGAGGUGGACGAUGACCUCAUAUGUCACAUCUGUCUGCAGCCACUCAUCAGGCCCCUGGACACACCCUGCGGUCACACCUACUGCCAGGAGUGCCUCACCAACUUCCUGCUGGAGAGCGACUUCUGCCCUGUGUGCCGCACACCCCUCAUGCUGCAGAGCUGCAGGAAGCCCAGUCUGCUGGUGCACAAACUGUUGGAUAAGCUGACUGUAGCCUGCCCUUUCAAUGAGUUUUGUAUGGAAACACUGCCUCGUGGUGAUAUGGAAGACCACAUCAAGGGGAGGUGUAAAGGGGCUUCCCAUUAUGGACUCUCAACAGAUAGAAAGCGUCGCUCGCAGGAGGGGGAGUGCACAGACAGCACAUCAGAACUCACCGUCGCCACGCUGCCCAAUGAUGGCCCCACAUCCGCUGCUGUGGCUCUGGUCUCAGACGAACCCGGUCUGGUCAACCCGGCUUUUGACCCCAACAUGGAAGACAACAGUCAGUCAGGCAGCAUGACCAGCCUGGCUGCUCGAAGCAGCAGCAAGAAGAUCAGAAAUUUUGAUCGUUCUUCAGUGAGGAGCCGCUCCUUCAGGAGGUUAAACCGAGCAUUCAGCGUUCUACGGAGGACCAAGAGUGGCACUGCAGUCAGCAAUGAGGCAUCUGAGGAGCGUGACAAUGCCAGGAAUUCCAGCGUGCCACCAGAAGUGCUGGCUCUUCCUCAGCUGCAUCACCUGAUCCCUGAUGGUGAACUCACCAGUAUUAAGAUCACACGACAGGAUCCCUCAGACCCACUGGCCAUCAGCAUUGUCGGCGGCAACGAGACGCCUCUGGUGCGCAUCCUCAUCCAGGAUAUCUACAGAGAGGGUGUCAUUGCUGGGGAUGGUCGCUUACUGCCGGGGGACAUGAUUCUGAAGGUCAAUGGCAUUGACAUAAGCAACGUGCCUCAUUACUUUGCGGUGACAACCCUGAGACAGCCGAGCCAACUCCUGCGGCUAACUGUGCUCAGAGAGCAGCGCCACCGCUACCGUUCGCACUCGCAUGGCCACACUCAUGGCGCUGGAGUCCAGCAUCUUGGCCUAUCCCACCAUCCAAUGAGAGACGACAGCAUUCAUGUGGUCCUGAAUAAGAGCAUUCCAGAUGAACAGCUAGGGAUCAAGCUGGUCCGGCGAGCAGAGGAGCAUGGGGUCUAUAUCUUUCACCUGCUGGAGGGUGGUCUUGCUGCACGUGAUGGACAGCUUUGUAUAGGCGACCGUGUGCUGGCCAUCAACGGGCACGAUCUUCGUUAUGGGGCACCGGAGCACGCUGCUUUGCUCAUCCAGGCGAGCGAGCAGUGUGUGCACUUCAUCGUAUCUCGUCAGAUCUGCCUGCCCACCCCAGACAUCCUACAAGAAGGGCCGUGGGGCAUGGACGGUCCCCCACCAUACUCCCCUGUGGAUAUGGAGCAAACACUGCUGGACUCCUGUCAGAAGCCUGCAUGCUACGAGAAGAUAGUCACACUUACCAAGGAGCCGUAUGACUCCCUGGGCAUGACGGUGGCUGGCGGCAUGUCCAGUCGAGGAUGGGACCUUCCCAUCUACGUCACAAAUGUGGACCCUGAUGGAGUGGUGGGACAGGAGGGAUCCAUUCACAAAGGUGACAUUUUGCUCAAUGUGAACGGCAUGGAUUUGACGGGGGUGACACGAGGCGAGGCUGUGGCCAACUUGAAAAACACCUCCUCUCCCGUCGUUCUCAAGGUCCUUGAGAUGCGUCCCCCGGAAGACAGCCAGCAGGAGUGCACAUUGCCACCUUGUCUGACUCCGUCUCCCACAGACAGCACAAAGAGCCCUCUACCUAAUGACGAUUACUCUCCACUGUGGGUUUCAUGGCUGCAGCUACCCAGACAUCUCUACUGCUGCAAAGACAUUGUCCUGCGGCGGAACACAUCGGGCAGUCUGGGCUUCAGCAUCGUGGGAGGUCAGGAGGAGGUCAACUGCAAUCAAUCCUUUUUUAUUCGCUCCAUCGUGGAGGGGACACCAGCCUACAAUGAUGGCAGGAUAAGAUGUGGGGACAUCUUACUUGAAGUAAACGGGACGAGCACAUGGGGGAUGACACACUCAGCACUGGUUCGCCUUCUGAAGGAGCUACGGGGCAGAAUCACCCUGACCAUCGUGUCUUGGCCGGGCAGUCUGCUGUAACGGUACUCCAAGCCAUCCAGCACCGCCACUGGCACUGACCAGGGAAUGUGGAAGGCAGAGCUUUAGACUAGCUGACCACCCUAAGCUUGCUGUGUGGGAGAAGCUCAGGACUGUGCUGUGGCUGUGUGGAUGCCUCACUGCAGAUGGGUUGUCAAGACUUUGCCAUGACUUUGCAGGGGUACAGAUAAGAGUCUGGAUUGAUACCAGAAGGCUGACUUGCCCCUAAGGAAAUUCUGGACUGGAAAGAUCCAGGCUGGGUGUUGGAUGCUUAUCUGUUUAGAGGACAUUGUCUGCGUCUUGAACAGCAUCCAGUGAGUGGGGUGGGAGGAUUGAAAGAAGACACAACUUGUUGCCAAUUUCAGUAGAUAUAUAUUAGGAUACGCAUUAAGAUGGACUCACAUUUCUUUACGUAAAUGUUGGGUGUCUAAAAAAAGUACCGAACCAAACACUUGUAAUAGGUUUCUUUUGUUUGUCGUAUGGCCUUUAAACGUAGGCUUUAUUCUGUUUGUACUGACGGUGGUUGUCAUCUUCAUCCGUUGAGCUGAAGACACGUUGCCAAGUAGUUGUCUGUGAGGUUCUUUCUGUUGUCUCAGAAGCUAUGGCUAAGUUAUCAAGACCAUUGGCAAAAAAGUUAUGAAAAAAUACACAAUCAAUGUCUCCAUAACAUGUUAACAAAUAACAUUUAAAUAAGAGAUUUUGUGGAGGCCUUACUAAUUUUCUUACUUUUAAGAAAAAAACUGACUAGGUUUCUGUGUAUCAGUGGAUGGCCUUAGGUCUGUUUACUGUGGUACUGUCUGUCACGCUUCAGCCUGUGUAGUAUAUCUGAUGGUACAUUUGGUAAAUGCUCAAUAAAGUCAUUAAAAACAAAAAGA